CACUGCUCCGCUCCAAACGCUCGCCAGAUCGUGAUUGAGUUCGCAGAUUUUUGCCAUUUUACCGUAGUAGUUGUGGUAGGUUGGUACCUACACUAGGGCUUCUGGCCUGCGUCUGGUUUUGUCUCGUCUGGUCUUAGUUCUUGCAUCUCAGUGAAAGAAUUAAUACCAAGCAUCACACAGUAGAAAAGCCACCAUAAACAACAAAACCGAGUGGCAAGCGACGAACUCGAAUCAGAAACGUUUGAUCGUUCUGUGCGCGAUCAUUCCUCGCGAUCGGGGGCCGUGGAAGUGUAGUGAACCUAGUGCACUAGGGUGAUCAUAAUUGUUUUUUUUUUGUUGCUGCUGCUGCUCUCAGCAAUUAUUCCCGGUGACCUGUUGAUCUUUCAGCAGUUGUUCAUUGUAAACCAAUCGUGUAGCAAUAAGAGCGAAACCUAGAUCAACAUGAAAAAAAUUGCAUGGAUCACGGUGAUUGGAAUCGUCAUAGUUCAACAAUUGACCACGGUCUGCGGAAUAAAACUGAAGGAAAAGUUUAAAUGGCGUGAAGUGGAGUAUGAUUGGCCUUCACCGGAAGCAAAACAGGAAGCGAUCGACUCGGGAAAGUAUAUUAUCGCAAACAAUCUGCCGCUGGGAAUAGAAAGGUGGCACGACAAACUGUUCAUCACAGUGCCAAGAUGGAAAGCCGGCGUGGGAGCAUCGUUGACCUUUGUCAACAUUUCCGAUGACAGCAUGUCGCCCUUGUUGCAUCCUUACCCAAGCUGGGAAGCUAAUGAGCUUCCAAAGAUGGAUUCUGAUGAAAAAUCCGAAAGCUCUCCGAAACAGCUGAAAGAUAACAAUACCAUCAUUUCGACCUUCCGAGUGAGAGCUGACGAAUGUGACCGUCUGUGGGUGAUGGAUACUGGAUAUGCUGAUAUACUGGGCAACGGUGUUCAAUACGCAGUGCCUUCUCUAGUCAUCUACGACCUUUACACCGAUAAACUGCUCCGCCGUCACUAUUUGCCAGAAUCGUUGCUGAAAGAAGAUUCUUUCUUUGCGAAUAUUAUUAUCGAUGCUGAACGAGGCAAUUGCGAUAAUGCUUAUGCAUAUAUCCCUGAUUUGGGAGGUUACCAGGUCAUCGUGUACUCCUUUAAUGAGGAUAAAUCGUGGCGUGUAAAGCAUAACUUUUUCCACUUUGAUCCACUCGCCGGAGACUACAACAUUGCAGGUGUUAACUUCCAAUGGACCGAUGGAAUAUUCGGAAUGGCGGUUGGCAAACGUCUCAAGGAUGGUACUCGACCAGUCUACUUCCAUGCGUUUUCCAGUACCAAAGAAUUCAUGGUUUCGAAUCACAUUCUUCAAAAUGAGACCUACUCUCAGAGUCCACUUUCAUAUUACGAUUACAAGCUGAUGGGCGAUCGUGGACCCAACUCACAGUCUUCUGCCGAAUUUUACGAUGCUGAGACCGGAGUAAUCUUCUACACACAGGUCAACAAAGACGGUGUUGGAUGUUGGAAUACUGCCCAUCAGCUAACAACCGAUACCCAAGGCCUGGUCGAUUCGGACAGUGAUGCGCUGGUUUUCCCCAACGAUCUCAAAGUAGACACCGAAGGAAACUUAUGGGUUCUAUCGGAUCGUCUACCGUUGUUCAUAUUCACCACUCUGGAUCCAGAACAGUACAAUUAUAGAAUCCUGACCGGACAGGUGAAAGAUGUCAUCAAAGGUACUCCAUGCGACGCUUAAAUUUUUAAAACUAGACAAACAAAAAACAAUGGCAUGUGCUUAUGAUUUCACAACACAAUUAUUGGUAGUAAAAUCAAAUGUUAAUGCAGAUGACAACUAAAAUGUAAAAUAAAGUUUCAUUUCAAAACUCGCUUUAUUAAAAACAAAA